AUGGCUGCGCAGAACAUAGAGAUUCCUCGAGUCAAGCUUGGAAGCCAGGGCCUCGAGGUUUCCAAGUUAGGAUUUGGUUGUAUGGGACUCACUGGAAUCUAUAAUGCUCCUGUCCCUGAUGAGGUUGGAGUAUCAAUUAUCAAGGAUGCUUUCAGCAACGGUAUCACAUUCUUUGAUACAUCAGAUGUUUAUGGACCCCACACUAAUGAAGUUUUGUUAGGAAAGGCACUAAAGGAACUACCCAGAGAAAAAGUUCAGGUUGCAACAAAAUUUGGGAUUGUCAAAUUUGAAGCUGGCAAUGCCAUAAUAAAGGGGACGCCAGAAUAUGUUCGUUCCUGUUGUGAGAGUAGCCUCCGGCGCCUCGGUGUGGAAUACAUAGAUCUCUAUUAUCAGCACCGUGUUGACACAACAGUUCCUAUUGAAGUCACAAUGGGAGAAUUGAAGAAGUUGGUGGAAGAGGGAAAAAUAAAGUACAUUGGAUUAUCUGAGGCUAGCCCGGACACUAUUAGAAGGGCUCAUGCGAUUCAUCCAAUCACUGCAGUACAAUUUGAGUGGUCCAUCUGGACUCGUUACAUUGAAGAAGAAAUUGUUCCACUUUGCAGGGAACUUGGAAUUGGAAUAGUAUCAUACUGCCCCCUUGGCCGUGGAUUUUUUGGUGGCAAGACAGUGAUAGAAACCGUACCUGCUGAAAGUGCCCUGUCAAAAGACCUCAGGUUUAAAGGAGAAAACUUUGAGAAGAACAAGAACAUAUACUUUAAGAUAGAGAGAUUGGCUCAGAAGCAUGCAUGUACAGUAUCACAAAUUGCUCUUGCAUGGAUUCUUCAUCAAGGAGAUGACGUGGUGCCAAUCCCUGGAACGACCAAAACAAAAAAUAUGAACACCAAUAUUGGUUCGUUUAAAGUGAAGUUGAACGAGGAUGAUUUGAAGGAGAUUUCAGAUGCGGUCCCAGAUAGUGAGGUAGCAGGGGAUAGAACAAUUCACUGUUCAUGGAAGUUUGCUAAUACCCCGCCCAGGACAAAAAAUUAG